AUGAAGAAAUGUGAGUUGUGCAACAAGGUGGCAAGAAUGUACUGUGAAUCCGACGAAGCGAGCCUGUGCUGGACUUGCGAUUUGAGGGUUCACACCGCGAACUUCCUUGUGGCGAAGCACACGAGAACUCUUCUCUGCCACGCCUGCCAGUCUCCGACUCCUUGGACUGGCUCCGGCCCCAGGCUCGGUCCCACAGUCUCUGUCUGUGAGGCCUGUGCCAAUGGCCAGAGAGACGAAGAUGAAGAUGACAAAGACAGUGAUAGCGAAAACCAAGUUGUGCCAUUGUCUUUGCCUCCCCUUUUCGCCUCCGCUUCGACAUCCUCCGCCAAGGCAAAAAGAUGA